GUCAGCUGAUCGGGUACGGCUGUUUCGGCUGCAGUUUCGGAUUUCUACCGUUGCCGUAGCUUUGUGUGUGAGAUAACGCAUUGCAGCAAAAAAAAAAAAAAAGAACAUUUGAAGUUGUAAUGGAAUAGUUGAAAAUGCGUAGUUUGUUUUUAAAAUGGUUUUCUUUGAUAUACAUAUUGCGUAACUUGUUUGAGCCGCUUGCGCGCAAUGCGAAGAUAUGCCGUGGCGUACUUUUCUCUCAUAGUGUCUAUAGUUCCGUUUUCGUGCGUUAAUUUAGAAUUUGCGUCGUACGCUUUGCCGGCUCUUCUGUUCUUUUCGUUUGUUUUUUGACGCUGUGAAAUGCUCAGAUGCGUUGCAUUUUUCGGCAAAUUCUGCCGUCAGCUACAUAUUCCAGAAGCUCACACCCUGGAAACUCUAAAGAGCGCGUUUCUUCUGAAGUUCCCAGAAGCGAGAACAACGGAGAAUCUUCUUUUCCAGGUGUAUGACACUGUACUUCGCGAAUUCCUGGACUGGGAAGAAAGCACAACUUUAGAAGCAGGCUCAAAGAUCAGAGCAGUGCAGCUGGAAGAACCACCAAUGCAGCAUCCACCUGUGACAGCUGAAGCAGUGCCUGAAGUUGCAGCAGUGGAAAAAGAAUCUACACCAGAUCCCAAGAACUAUGUUCUUCCCACGCCCCCCAAGGAUAUCCUGUAUAACCUUUCAAAGGUGACAAAAAGGUCGGAAGUCACACCAACCUUCCGUCGUCGCAUUAUCGAGUGGCUCAGUUUUGACCUUUUCCGUUACACAAUGUAUCCAGGAAAGCUCUAUGAGGAAGCUGCUCGGCAGCUUGUUUUUCAUCAUGUUGUGUUGAAAGACUCACUCGGGUCUGGAUAUGAUUCAUGGCACCAUGCCUUGAAAUUCAAGUGCAAGUUCGAAAGAAAAAAGUUUUUGAAUGAUGGGCAGGUGGCAGAAAUGCGACAGAAAUACAGCAAGCACGGUCCUCCAUCAUCAUCUUCGGCGACGUCAGCAAAACGCCUAUGCAGCGAAGAACACCUGAAAAGUAUUGCAUCAACUGAAGAUGAGCAGAGUGUGAAGAUGCACACAAAAUCCAUGGAGCAGGAAAUGAAAUGUGCGACACCAUCUCUGGAGAAACUCAUCGACUCAAUGACCCGGACAUUUCAUGCUCGGCGGCGUUGGGUCAAAGAAGCGAGCCCAUCAAUGUUUGAAUUGCUGCAGCAGUAUCCGGCGCUUGAAAAACCUGAGCUGAUCUUUCAUGAGUUCAAACUGCUUGGUGGCAAGCCACCAAUGGAAACCCUUGUGGAUGCAGCACAGAAGCAUAUUGACAAGAUCUUAAACAUGAUGAAGAAGAAAAUGGAGCCAAGAACUUCACAGCUCCUUGAAAUGGCUGAAGGCACAAGUGAGGACGACAAAAAAUUGCUGACAACUCUUGCGUUUCUCACGGCUCUUCCUCGCACCGUGAAAGAAAAAUCAUCGGCAUUCCUCAAAGACACAGCACCGUGGUACUGCCCGCAUCCCUGUGCCAUCUGGGACAAUACGGAAUUCUUGGCACCAUGCAUGGUGCUCACGGAAAACCAACUUCUCAAGGCGGAUAACGCAGUCCAAGCGAUCCUUCUGUGCUUCUGCCUGCAUUGGGUCCUUGACAUCUGCUACGAGCCAGACUCCAAGGGGUUUUACUCCAUCCUUGAGAAGGUGCUUGGGCUGGACAGCACAAAGCUAUCUGCUACAGCCAUCCAUGUGCUUUCUGCGCUGAAGGAGUGAUUUGUAUAAUAGGAUCAUUAAUCGUGAUCAAUGUUAUGUGAACUAGUGGUGGUGAAGUGUUUUUUCUCACUAAACUUACAUUUGAAAACAGGUUUUAUUAUAAAAGGCAGGUUUUAUGUGCCAGGAUCGUUGGGUUCAUUGCUGAAUAAAGUGUUUGUUCUAA